GGUGGACACAUUGUUCGUUGAAUUUAUAAAGUGAAAUAGUGAACGAUGUUUUUAAUAUAGAUUUUAAUUGUUUUUGUUGAAUAUGUGCACUUAAUUUUAUUAUGUGGUAGUACGAAUAAUUAAAUACAAUGCGGAGAGGUGAUGAUUACAGAUCUCGCGGCAUAUACGAGAGCGAAAGCAGCGGAGAUGUCACCGAGGACGAUUCAAUAGGUAUUAAUAGAAAAUACAUCAAUAAAGGCCGUUGGGCGAAAGAGGAGGAUGCUCGAUUGAAACGCUUGGUUGAAGAGCAAGGAGAAAAAUGGGAGAGCAUUGCUCGUCAUUUUCGAGAUCGCUCAGAUGUCCAAUGUCAACAGAGAUGGACCAAAGUUGUAAAUCCAGAACUGGUCAAGGGCCCAUGGACAAAGGAGGAGGAUGAGAAAGUAGUUGAACUGGUGGAGCGUCAUGGUCCAAAAAAAUGGACCUUAAUAGCUCGCCACCUAAAGGGUCGCAUUGGAAAGCAAUGCCGCGAAAGAUGGCACAACCAUCUUAAUCCCAAUAUUAAGAAAACAGCCUGGACAGAAGCUGAAGACAGAAUUAUAUAUGAUGCUCACAGACAAUGGGGAAACCAAUGGGCUAAAAUUGCCAAGCUUCUUCCUGGGAGAACUGACAAUGCUAUAAAAAAUCAUUGGAAUUCUACAAUGCGUCGAAAAUAUGAAAAUGAUGAACGUGUUGCUGACCGCAGAUUAAAAACUCGAGCCACGCUUGGAUCUUUAUCUGGACGUUUGGUAGGUGUUGUGUCAACUGGUCGAUCUCAUCAUAUUGAUCCACAUAUUUUAAAGCGUGAUCAUGGCCCAUCUCCAUCGUACUUAAAAUCAGCUUCUCUUAGAUACGAAGACGAUUGGGCUGACCAGUAUGAUCAUGGCAGCAAUCAAUCAACAGCAAGUGGAAGUUCUGUUGGUCCUAUAUUUUCAACCUUUAAUUCGCAAACUAGCUCAAGAAUGGAUGAACCCAGAUUUAUUUCACCAAUUCGCCAAGGUAGACGUGGUAUUAAUGGAUCACCUUACAGGUUUUUGGAUAGCAUGGAAAUAUUGUCUAAUGGCAGUCCUGUCAAGCUAGUGUCACUUAAUGAUGAAGGAAUUGCAGAAUUAAGCUUCUUAGACUCCCCUGUGAGAAAAUCAUCACAUCAUUUGAAUAACAAUCGUUUAUCUGCAGUACUAAGAGCAAUGGAAUCAGGUGGCUCUCAUAGUAGUGAUAAACAUGUGAGAUCUCCUCCGCCAAUCUUAAGGCGCAAUAAAACCAAUCAUCACCGGUUCCGCAGAGAUUCUGGAAAUAUGUCCAGUGAAUUCCAAAGCGAGGGCAAUAUCACAUCCAACACUCCUUCAAAAACCCCAGGAAAGUCUACUAUGACACAGUUACAUUUCAGCCCAUCUCAACUUUUGAAAAGUCCUAAUUUGUCUUUUGACUUGGGUAUUACAAACUUGACUCCUAUUAGAAAAUCAACACCAUUGAAAGGAAUUAAAAGCGAGCCCGAUGCAGAGAGUCCUUUGAGUACACCAGUACCUCAAGAUAUGAAAAUGGGGUCUUCAACAGCUGAUGAUUCAGAAAGCAUUACUCCAAUCAGAAGUCGCAAACUUUUAUCAAAUAAUUCGCCAAGGACACCAACACCAUUUAAAAAUGCCUUGGCUGAAUUAGAAAAACAAAGUGGAGUCAGGUAUGUUCCAUCAGAAAGUCCAAGUCGAUUGAAUGAAGAUAUUUCAGAAAUAAUGCAGCAAGAACAAGAGCAAGAAAAGUCUGAAGGAAAUGAAUCAAAUAGAAAUAGUUCUGAUGUAACAUCUGAGGUUACUCAAACUAAUGGACAGGAUAGUGGUAUGGGAAGUAUGAUUGCAGGAAAACGUAAAUUAAUAGGAAAGGAAAACGAGCAACCAUUAAGUACUGGAAAACGUGUUCGUAAAAGUUUAGGAAGUGCUUGGGCUAAUGAAGUGUCAUUUGUUGAAACACCUAGCAAAGGAUUGGAAGGUUGCCUUCUGUUGUCACCAGCCAUAGGACUUGGAAAAGAUUCUUUGGAUACAUCAUUUGGAAUUCUAUUUGACUCACCCAUACUUCACACACCAUUGAAAAAUCUUGGUUCUUCGACAUCAACACCACAUAAUUCACAGCCUGUCAGUCGACGUGCACCUAUUUCAACAAGUUCAGCUGUACGAUGCAUUCGUUUUGAACCACCAGAGGUGACUGGAGGGCGAAAUAUUAUCUUCAAUGAUAACAUUAAGCUGGAUCCACGCUGGCAAAUGGUAGCUUGUGGUCAAACUGAUGACCAAUUGGAACUAACGAGAAUGGCACAUCAGUAUCUCCGAAAAUCAGCACUGCAGCCACGAUCUCUUAAUUUUGCUAAAUGUAACUAAAUUUUAAGCUGAAGUUUACCACUUUUUAA